UGGAGGUAGCUGGCAUCUGGCGCGAGGGGCGGAGGGAAGGCUGGGCGGGGAAGGGCGGGAGGUCUCGCCAACACAGCUCUCAGUCGCUUGCUCUCUCCCGUCGCGAUCGUUGGGAAGUUGUAAUUAGAUUUUGUGCUGUACUCUGCUCGUUGCUCCUCGUGUGUUGCUUAACCUCCCCACGGCAGCUUAGUCCCCCUAGUUUAUUUAUCUUUUUUUUUCCACUCCCUCUCUUUGUCGCCUCUCCCUCUCCCUUCUCUUGGCAUUGGAUUUACUGAUGGUUCGUGAGAUUUGACAAGUUGAGGCGAAGGACUUAACUUAUUCUACCUCUUCAGCGACAAGGAUUUCUUCUACCGCCCCCUCCUCCCCACGAACUUAAGAGGAAAAAGGAGAAGUUUGUUUACUUUUUUCCCUCGUCGAGUUAACUUUGCCGUUUUUCUUUCUUACACACGAAGGAAAAGUAAGAAGAAGUAGAGGAAGAGGAAAGAGAAGAUGAGGGGACAGUUCCAUCAUUUCUUCCUGCUAACUCUUGUGGCAACAGCUGGGUCACAAGUCACCAAUUUCGACCACGACUCUGAUGAAGGAGAAGGCAAUGACGAAUACUCUGAUGUCCAGCCAGUGUUUACAGCUAAGGGACAGAACUUCACGGUGGAUGUCGGGGGUAAAGUGACCUUCCCUUGCCAUGUAGAAAACCAAGGUAAAUACAUGCUGAUGUUCAAGCACGUGAUGGAGGGAGGGGAACACCGGACACUGUACGUAGGAGACAUGUCGAUCAGACAGAGCAAGAGACUGCAAAAACUGGGCAACUCCUUCACUUUGAGCGGUGUGCGAAGGAGUCACGCCGGGAGUUACGUGUGCAGAAUUGAGACUUCACCUGCCAUUGAAGUCACGCACAACUUGGAUGUCCAGUACCCGGCCACGGUUCGUCGGUUGAGUCCUCGCUUGCAACACGUCGUCCAGGGCUCCAGCGUGACUCUCGAGUGUACGGCAGAUGGCAACCCCCCGGCCACCAUCACCUGGACGCGGCAGCAGGGCCACCUCCCCUCAGGAUCACGCAUGCACGAAGGCCGGAGCAUCACACUGUCCAACGCUGACCAUGACGUGGAGGGCACCUACAUCUGUACUGCCAAGAACGGCCUAGGACAUCCCUCUUCCACGGACAUGACCAUUGAGAUUCAGUAUCCGCCAGAUGUCACCACGGAGGAGUCCCUGCUUCACACCGGCGUGGGGCGUUACGUGGAGCUUGUGUGUCGCGUCCACGGCCGGCCUAUGCCCACAGUGUUCUGGACGAGGCAGGGACGGCCACUUAUUUCUGAGCGAUACGUCUUCUCCCACGACACGCAGCACCGCCACACACUCACCAUCCAAGAAGUGCAGGAGGAGGAUUUCGGGGAGUAUACCUGCACGGCGGAGAGUCCUUUAGGCCGCACCAACACUUCAAUUAGACUGACAGGUCUGCCCAGGGUGCCAAGAGUGACGAGCAGCCCUGCCGGGGGGGAGAAAACCACCUACACACUCACCUGGGUAGCAGAGAGUCACACACCUGUCAUCAUGUACCGCCUCCAGUACCGGCGACACAGGGAGAGACACAUCCACAACCCGUCAGUAGGGCAGUGGAACAUUCGCCUCUACUCCCCAAACGGACCAGCUGGGGGUCCUGCCUUAGCUCCCCUGUCCUCGGGUCCAGUACAGCACAUGACGCACGCUAUCACCGACCUGGAACCCGCUACUGAUUACGAGGCGACUGUAGCUGUGGAGAACAAGUUUGGCUGGUCCGGGGACUCAGAAAUCUUCCAGUUCUACACCAAGAAAGAAGAGCCCAGUACCUCCACGGCUGCUCCCUCCACCCCGCCGUCGCAGUCUCACAUUCUCCCUAUGACUAAAGCAGAGGUGGCGCUGGGGAAGUCUAUCCGGGGCGGGGGAGGAUGUUCACGACCCAGCCCCGUCACUACUACUGCUUCCCUCAUCGCCUCCCUCACCACCGCCAUGUUUCGCCUGGCUCUCCCCGCUGCUUUAUAAUACUCAACAGCUUUACAAAGUUUUGUAUUCCUGAAGGAGACGGUGACGACAAACCACCACCACCACCACCACCACCUCAACCACCUUCACCACCACCACCACCACCACAACACGCAGGCCCCAGUGCUUGGUAGGGAUUCUGUGCCUAACAUGCUUCUCUGUACGCUUGUCCUCCACUGUAAGAUACUGAAUAACACAACUAGACCGUAAUUGCGCUCUUGCUCUCGCCUCCCCCCCCCACUCUGCUGUAAG